AUGAAUGCACAGAAGGCACGCGUUGCAUGUAUGUCAAAUAAGUUUAAAAACAUAAGAGAAAUAGGAGAGGAUACGUAUCAAGUGAUGCUUAAAGAUAGAUUUUAUAGAUGUGAUACAUGUUUACAAGAGGCAUUCUUCACUUUAGAUAACGCAAAAUACUGGUAUUUGGUUUUCAUUUAUGAUUUUAUGUAUAAAUGCAUGGAUGUUAAUCGUUUUCAUUUCAUUGAAGGUGAUACUGAUUCAUCUUAUUGGGCAAUCGCUGGCGACCCAAAUCUUCCUAACACUCAAGCAUUUCAAGCAAUUGUAACCGAUAAAAAAUUUUAUGAUAAAAACAUUUACAAAUUCGCACCUUUUGAUUUCUUCUGUUUUAAUGAGAAAUUUAAACCUAAAUUAAAGAAUAAAGCUGAAGAAAAAGCACAUGAGAAGAAGUUAUUGGGUUUAGCAAUUGAGAAACAAGGUGAUAACAUGGUUGCUUUAUGUCCUAAGUGUUAUACUUCAUUCAACGGUUCAAUUGAUGGAAGUGAUUUUAAAAAGAUUGCACAAAAAAUGAAAGGAGUUAGUUUACGACAAAAUAAACAAUUAACACCUAAAAAUUAUUUGGAUAUAAUAAAUGAUAAAGUGAUAUUUGAUGGUCAGAAUAUUAAUUUACAACUUAAAAACGGGUCAAUGACUCGCUUAACAAUCGGUAAGACUGCAUUAACAGGAGCACACACUAAGGCUGUAUGUUGUGAAAAUGGAUGUUGUAUGCCAUUUAUUUAA